AUGUCGGACCCGCGCGAGUCGUCCUCGUACUCCAUUGUUCCGAGAAUUCGCUACAAUACCAUUGGCGGUAUCAACGGUCCUCUCGUUAUCCUCGACAAUGUCAAACUGCCCAAGUUCAACGAGAUUGUCACCUUGACACUUCCCGAUGGAACGGAGCGCUCUGGUCAGGUUUUGGAAGCUCGAGGUGACCGCGCUGUUGUUCAGACUACGGUUGAAUUCACUGGUGAGAGCUUAAAGCUCGGUGUCUCUGAGGACAUGCUGGGACGCAUCUUCGAUGGUUCCGGCCGCGCUAUCGACAAGGGCCCCAAGGUUCUUGCCGAGGACUACAUUGACAUCAACGGUAGCCCCAUCAACCCAUACUCUCGUGAAUACCCCGAGGAGAUGAUCUCGACUGGUAUUUCGGCCAUUGAUACCAUGAACUCGAUUGCCCGUGGUCAAAAGAUCCCCAUCUUCUCCGCUUCCGGUCUUCCUCACAACGAGAUCGCUGCCCAGAUCUGCAGACAGGCUGGUCUGGUUCAGAAGAACGGCAUCACCAACAAGGGUGUCCAUGACGGCCACGAGGACAACUUCUCCAUCGUCUUUGGUGCCAUGGGUGUCAACUUGGAAACUGCCCGCUUCUUCACCCGCGACUUUGAGCAGAACGGCAGUCUGGAAAAGACUACGCUGUUCCUGAACCUUGCUAACGAUCCUACUAUCGAACGCAUUAUUACUCCUCGCCUUGCCCUGACAACUGCCGAAUACUACGCGUACCAGCUCGAGAAGCACGUCCUGGUCAUUCUUACCGAUCUCUCUGCUUACUGCGAUGCCCUUCGAGAGGUUUCCGCCGCCAGAGAAGAAGUGCCCGGUCGUCGCGGUUACCCCGGUUACAUGUAUACCGAUUUGUCGACGAUUUACGAGCGUGCUGGUCGUGUUUCUGGUCGCAACGGUUCCAUUACUCAGAUUCCUAUUCUGACGCUGCCCAACGACGAUAUUACCCACCCUAUCCCCGAUUUGACAGGCUACAUUACGGAGGGUCAAAUCUUUGUUGACAGAGCUCUGGACAACCGUGGUAUCUACCCGCCGAUCAAUGUGCUGCCUUCUCUGUCUCGUCUGAUGAAGUCGGCCAUCGGCGAGGGCAUGACACGCAAGGACCACGGCGAUGUGUCCAACCAGCUGUAUGCCAAGUACGCCAUUGGUCGUGACGCCGCGGCUAUGAAGGCAGUCGUUGGUGAGGAGGCUCUGUCAGCAGAGGACAAGCUGUCGCUGGAGUUCCUGGACAAAUUUGAGCGCCAGUUCAUCAACCAAGGCCAGUACGAGUCUCGUUCGAUCUACGAGUCUCUGGACCUUGCCUGGAGUCUGUUGCGUAUCUUCCCCAAGGAGCUUCUGAACCGUAUUCCCGCCAAGAUUCUCAACGAGUACUACCAGCGGGCGCACAAGGAUACCAAGUCCAAGGGCAAGGGCCGCGCCGAGGCUGAGCAACAACAAGAGGAGGGCAACCUGAUUGAUGCUUAG